ACUGAUACCACUGGAGAAGAAGGAAAACUUACAAGCUCACAUUUUUGUCCAUGGGACUCAAAGAAUGCCUCUCAUGAUUUCCAAGGAAUUCCUGAACACAUCAUUGAUUUUACAUAGCCAGAAAAUAUGUCGAGUAUCAUGCCAGGCAACAUAAAAUGAAGCAAUUCUCAAUCUUCCAGGGAUCUGAAGUGAUAAAAGGGCACGAAAAGCUACAGAAUGUUUUACACAAAGAAAAUACUCAGAUAAGAAAAAAUCAGCAACCGUUUCCAUCAAGGUCCUUCUGCAGUCAUGAAGGACCGCAUGGAGGAGUUGAAGGCCAGUGUUGGGCUGGCGAACAACAACCCUUUUUUUGAAGAUAUGAAGAACACAGAGCCAACAUUCCUGACAGAGCAGCAAGCUGUAAUCUUUGAGGAGGAGCCUGUCCUUGAGAACUUCCUAAAGGAGACCCAGAGCAUUCGUGACAGCAUCGAGGAGCUUGCUUCUGAGGUCAGAAAGUUCAGUCAGCAGCAAAGAAACUUUGUAGCCACCAUGAGGCGCCUCAGCAUCAUGAAGAAGGAGAGCAGCAUGACCCGAGACAUCAAGCUGUUGGCCGAGAGCCUGAAUAAGAAGUUAGAUGCUCUGUCCACGCUGGUCAAGCGCACCGAAGCCGAGUUGGGCCCAGACGCAGCCACCUCUCGUAUCACGAAGGCCCAGCAUGCAGCCCUCUUCCGCCAGUUCCAGCUAGUGAUGCGUCAAUACAACGAUUCGAUCCUGAGCAAGCAGGACAAAUGCAAGCGGUUCAUUAUCCGGCAACUGGAAGUAUCAGGCCGCGAGGUGUCCGAGGAGGAGGUGGAUGACAUGAUAGAGCAGGGCAAGUGGGAGAUCUUCAAUGAAAACAUCAUGGUGGAUGCAAAGAUCACUCGUUCCCAGCUAUCGGAGAUAGAGCAGCGCCACAAGGAGCUUGUAAACCUGGAGAGCAACAUGAAGGAUCUGCGAGAUCUCUUUCUACAGGUAUUUAUGCUGGUGGAGGAGCAGGGGCACCAGAUAGACAACAUACAAGCCAAUGUAGAGAAGACACAAGACUAUGUUGCGGCAUCCAAGGAGAAGUUUAAAACUGCUGUCAGAUACAAGAAAAAUAAUCCCCUCAGGAGACUGUGCUGUUGUUGCUGUCCCUGGUGCAGAUAGCAGAGCAAUGCAGAAUGAAUUGUGGGAAGCUUUUCGGCCUAAUGCACUUUAAAGCAAGAAAAAAGUGAAACGUUGGAUCAACUUAAAAAGUACUUUGAUUGGUAGCACCCAAAAAUAUAAGUUUAUUCAACUUAAAGUUUCACUUUAGGAAAAAAGUAAAAUGCAUAUUUUUAGGUGUUUUUAGGUAGUAAUUUUUAAGUUGUUCCAACUUUUUUACAGUAUAGGGACAAAGAACAGGGGGCUAAGCACGUUUUAAUUUAACAUUAAAGCAGGAAGUCUGCAUAACAGUAAAGAGAUUGAAAAAUUAGAGAGAUUAUAUAAAAAAAUACAAAUGCUUAUUUGUGACUUCAUAUAAAUUAUAUAAGCCACAUUAAUAUAUUUAUUAUUAUUAUUUUUAUUUUUUAAUUAGUUAAAAUUUUAUAUUAUUCCUGUAGUAUUAUGUCUUUAAAAAAGUAUUGUAUAAUACAGUGAUGGCUUGUGACUUCUCAUCCGAGGGGCGCAAAUUCAAAAUAUGUGUUUGUUGCGUCAUGUGAACCAUGUGCAUCACGUGUUUUGUCAAAAUAAGUGCCUGCUGCACAUGCGUCAAAAUUAUAGAUUAUCAUGCAGUCUAAUUUUAGUAAAAAUAUGCUAUAUAUAUAUGUGGCAGCACGUCACUCCUCAUCCGAGGGGCGAAAAUUCAAAAUAAGUGUUCGGAGUAUCAUGUGUGUUGCUCGUGUUUUCAAAAAUAUGUGUUUGUUGCAUCACGUGUUUUGUCAAAAUAAGUGCCUGUUGCACAUGCGUCAAAACCGUUUAUGAUAAAAGAGACGCUCACGUUCACAAAAUACAAGCAAGAUACUCCCUUAACAGUAAACUCUGAUUAUGCAUGAGAUAAUGCGAGUAUCUGGCAAACGCGAGCGUCUCUUUUAUCAUAAACCCUUUAGACGCGUCUGCAACAGGCACUUUUUUUGACAAGACACGUGAUGCACAUAGGAUCACAUGACACGUCAACACAUAUUUUGAUAUAAUGAACCACACACAUGACGGGCUACAUACAUGUUGUGACGAACUUCGCAUCGUGCACCCUCGAAAAAAGAAGUCACUGGGUGCCACUGGUAUAGUCUGUAUAUUUGUUUACUAUAAAUAAUAAAUUCACACAGCUUUUUGCUAUAUUACUAAAUUAUCGACAUCCAUCAUGUUCUUGCUAUUUUGUUAUUGGAAAUAUUUUUCUUCAACAAACACUAAAAUGUGUAAGACUUGUGCAAGUCCCGAGGAAAUGUUCAGUCAAUACAUUGAGCAUACAAGCCUCUCCCACAAUGAUGACUGAGAAUUAACAUUACUUAUUUCAUAUGAACUACAGAUAUUGUAUUGUAAAAAUAAAAAUAUGUCGCCACUUUUAAAUGUCCACAAAAUGUUGUCUACCAUGUCUACCAUUUUUUGCCCAUAGAUAAUUAUUUGAAGCUGAUAGCUGGUUAGUUUUAUGAUAAGAUAAAUAGGAGACGUUGGUGAGUCAACAGAGCCGGUUAGACGCUAUCAUGUUUCAGCAUAAUUACUAGGAUAUGGGUGUGUCA